CUCGCAUUUCCGGUAUAUACGGUUCAUGAUUACUAAGAAUGGUCCAGAAUUGCACAUGAGGCCCUGAAAACGUCCCACCCACUUGAUCUCGACCGACUCGAUGAGAGACCAGCCCAGAUAUCGCCCAACGGAAGCAUUGCCACACGCAGCCAUCGGUCAGCGAGCUCAGAUUCGGGAACACUUAUAGCAGUUGAUCGUCUAGCUACGAGGCCUCAAUUCGAGAAGAUUCACUACGAUUAUCUCGUCGCAGACGGCGGUCGCCCUCUGUAUCCGAUCGAACUCGCCGACCAUGUUGCGGAGAACUUGGACGAAUAUCGUGAGAUACUGGAACCUUGGAACCAACACAAUUGGAUGCCGGGGUGUUAUCACCGUGUCAUUAAUCAGCAGUAUGAUCACUGGCAGCAGUUCCGCGAUUGGCAAAAACACGAGCGAGGGGUUGAACAGAGCUACGCUGAUUACGUCAAUAUGCGCGACUUUAUACGAAAGCUGGGUUUCCAUGAGCGCAGCUAUGCCAAGUGGACCGCUAAACUGGCAGCCGACCCAUCACAUCUCAAACCGGAGUGGGAGAAGUCAAGGAUCGCCCUAUCGAGGCUUGUUCCACUUGGGGAACAUACCGACCCCGAUCGCUUCCUCGCACACACGAAAAAGGUAGAGCAGCACUUGAAACGGUUUGGCUUCACCCGACCAUUCCAGUUACAUAGCGACCCAGAGAAGCAAGACAAAUGGGCUACGUGGAUUGAAUAUUUGGGCUUUGCAUGCAUGCAGGCCGGCGGGUCCGCAACUACCAUGAAUCGACUGGAGGUCGAGAUCGAGGAGAUCUCGCAGGGAAUAGUACAGGCAAAGGACGAAUAUGCCACAAUCCAAGGUCGAGAUAGGGCCAGAUCUAGGCUUCAUGACCUCAGGAUUAAUCUCGAAAUGGAGGAGAAGAAUAGUGUCUACACGAAUGGGAUCUUGCAAUGGAUUAUGAAGCAAGUUCCUUUGGUUGAGGCGGAGAUGGCGCAGACCGAGAUGGCGCAGACCGCAGCAGCAAACACUCAAGCGACCACGUCCAAGAAGCGGCUCACACCUGACGCAGCCGAAGGAGACGAGGAGGCCGAGGGGGCUGAUGGAGGUCGCAAAAGGCGGACGCUUGAUCAUGUUGGAUCAAGCCCGACGUCAAGCAACGUGGCAAGCGCACUGGAAGAAGCCGAGCCUCCGCAAGACGAUGAUCGCGACAAUGCCCACGACGAUGCCCGCGACGAUGAUCACGAGGAUGAUCACGACGAUGCCCACAACGAUGCCCACAACGAUGACCACGACGAUCAUGUUCUGCAGCGGACGGCCUCUGGAGUCGAACCCGAGUCUCCACGAUCGGCGACCGCACCGAGCCCAGCAAAUCGAGAGGCCGCCAAGGCCAAGCCCCGAGGCGGUCGCCCUGUAGGCAAGGUGGUGGAGGGAAAGGUCUCCAAGACCAUAGCCCAAGGUCCUCGUAAGCCGGCGGGCCGAGAUACCCACAAUCUUCGACGCAGCCAGCGCAUUGUGGAACAAGCCGCCAAGGCGGCCGCGAUUGAAAGAGCCCUGGCGGCCGAGCUCGAGGCAGAUGAAGAGGAGGAGGCCAAUGAGCCUAAGGCGAAGAGCAAGCCCCAGACGAAGAGCAAGCCCCAGACGAAGAGCAAGCCCCAGGUGAACAAGCCCAAGGCGAGAAAGCCCCAGGUGAACAAGCCUAAGGCAAGCCAGUCCAAGGUGAGCAAGCCAAAGGCAAGCCAGUCCAAGAUGAGCAAGCCUAAGGCAAGCAAGCCCCAGGUGAGCAAGCCCACGGGGCAGCCGCCCGUCCCAAAGAGGGAACUUCGACCACGGAAGUGAGUGAGUGCGACAUGGGUGCGGUGGGAUUUGCUGCAAAGGCCAAGCAAAUGACUGGGUCGCGAAAAUUUGCAAGGACGGUGUUGUUCAACACACCACGCGGGUGAUGAAGUUUCAAGGGGGUGCUGUUCAACGUAGCACAAGGAUGAUGGAUUUUCAAGGACGGCGGUGUUCAGCGUAGCACACGGGUGAUGAAGUUGCAAGGACAGUGCUGUUCAACACAGCACACUGGUGAUGGCUCCUCUCGCUGAUGGGUUCAAUGGCUUGGGAGUUCAGAUGGGUCUGGCGUUUACUGUUUUAUUCGUAUGCUUUUAGGUUAUCUUCAUUGUAGUCUCGCUUCCGUGUUCGUUUCUCCGUCGUCUGCUGUUCCAGUCAGUCCCGAUCGUCCCCAUCAGUCGCCGAGCCAUUCUCUUCCGACGGGAGCGCAUCCG